AUGACAGUCCCUUAUGGAAAGAAAAUACCACGUCGACGAAGUGUUUUCAAUCUUUGGAUUCCGAACAAAGUCACUUCACACCGCGGCAAGCAAUACCCCUCUCCAGCAGAUUCUGCAGUAUCAGACAGUCCUGUGUCCCCCGAAUCCAUCGGAUGGGGCAGCAGAGAUCGAUUUCGAGUUCGAUUGACACGAAGCGGCUCCAAGUUUCUAUUAUUACUCGGGCUGCGGACCUCUUCCAACAGCAACAAGACAAGCGUUGAGACUACGUCGUGCGACGAAACACACAGCCCUACGCGAGACCACCCGGUGCAACCAGUCCCCAUUGCUGAGCAAGAUGCCCCUAUCUAUAUAUCUGAUGGUUGCUCCCCGGUCACUCGGUCUCCGAUUGCCAAUUAUCCUGGCAAUGCACCGCUAGAUAUGACAGAGAAUCUGGUCACCAGUCUGCCAAAUUGCCAAUCUCCGGUUCGCAGGAUUGAUGCUCAAGCUGACGGGGAGGAUACCCAGCAGUACCGGGUUGAAGACGAUGAUGGUCGUCCCAGCAUUACUGUCGAGCCGCAAACUGCGUCAAACUCGAGACUGGUGGACCGAGUUUCCCAAAGGCUUUCGUUGACAUUUGGGCAGCCAACGGUUGUUCGUCGUACCCAUCUGCGCCCGAGACCUAGUGUUCUCUUUUUGGAAUCUCCAAUAUCGAGGAGUUCCAGCAAGCAAGGAGAUGAAGCCAAUAACAGCUCGGAUCCUUUGACCACGCCGAGCAGUGGCAUUUCUCCGAUCGGAUGCUCCACAACUUCGACACCAGUGACAUCUGGGGAGCCAUCACCUUCGUUAGAGAAAUACAAAACCGAGGCGACGGAAUGGCCCGCCCCGUCAGACCGUGUUCUGAGUCCAAUUUCUGAAUCAGACAGCAGGUCGCCCAUCAUUGCUUCGUCGAUCAUGACGGUAGAAGCUGCAUCUGUCGCAAAGAUAUAUCUCGAACUCUGUUUCAACUCCAUUUUCGAGAAUGUAGAUUCACGCGUGCAGCGCCAGCAUGAACUAGAACAGCACAUCUAUGCGUUCCAGCUUGGUCCCAAAGAGCAGAUAGCAACUCGACGCAACUGGGCUCUACAGGAGAAUGAAUAUCUACGUCAGUGUCGAAUUCUCAAGACUUGUUUCAAGUCCACUCGAGUGAAUACCAUGGUCUCGCUUGCUGGCUAUGAAGUCAUCAAGGCUUUAGGAAAAGGCAGCUUUGGCGUGGUGUAUUUGGUACGCGAAAGAGAGAGCAACAAAAGAAUUGAGACCGAGGAUGAACCCUCGACGCGCGAUGCGCGUAUCUCCAGCACAAAACGCAGACAUCUUGAAAUCAUAAGAUCUACAAUUGUUGACACCAUGCAAAGGCGACGCAGGUUCAUGGCAGGCGAGGACAAAGAAGUCUAUGCCAUGAAAGUUAUCAAGAAAUCUGAGAUGAUCCGCAACUGCCAAGAGGGUCACAUUCGAGCGGAGAGAGACUUCCUCGUUGCGUCUGAAAAGUCUCGCUGGAUCGUUCCAUUGAUCUCCAGCUUCCAGGAUGACAGUUACUUAUAUCUCGUCAUGGACUACAUGGUUGGCGGGGAUUUUCUCGGCCUGCUGAUCCGCAAGGCUGUUUUGCGUGAAGAAUGGACAAGGUUUUAUAUUGCUGAGAUGGUUCUGUGCAUCGAAGAAGCCCAUCGUCUUUGUUGGAUUCAUCGCGACGUCAAGCCGGACAAUUUCCUCAUCUCGGCAUCUGGACACUUGAAAAUCUCUGACUUUGGGUUGGCUUUCAAUGGACAUUGGUCUUACGACCAAACGUAUUAUAAUAACCACCGUUAUUCCCUUUUGGAGAGACUAGGUAUUGCCAUCGCAGGUGAUGCCGAAGAUCAAGCCCAAACUGCCGAAGCGAAGAAAGAGCCGAACUCUGAUAUGCCGUCCCAAGGGCCAAAUGACCUUCCCGACCAUCAAGUACCGUCAACGGAUCUUCUCGAACGGCGCAACAUCAAAGAAAGACGGCGGUUUGCAAAGAGUGUGGUUGGGACCAGUCAAUACAUGGCACCAGAGGUGAUUCGGGGCGAGAUGUAUGAUGGGAGAUGCGACUGGUGGAGCUUGGGCAUUAUUCUCUACGAGGUGAGUGAAGCCCAAAGGUCCUAUGUGAAGGAUAUUACCGUCUCACACACUCAGUGUCUGUAUGGGUUUACCCCUUUUGCUUGCGAGAGCCGCCGCAGCACCAAAAUAAGGGUUUUGCAACACUCGAGAACCCUGCAAUUUCCGAGAGAAACACCGACGGAUAAACUUGUGUCGCAAGACGCCAUUGAUCUAAUCGCACGAAUUCUUCAAGAGCGUGAAUUCCGACUGUGCUCGCAGAAGUACCACGCCAACGACAUGUUGAUUGGACGCCCUGUCUCAGACCAGUUCUUAUACUCGAUGCAUCCACGAUACCGGAAGAUCAACAGCUAUUGGGUAUACCCUGAUGAUGCAGCUGACAUCAAGGUUCACCCUUUCUUCAGAGGGAUUCAGUGGAAUAAGCUCCAUCUAACCCAGCCGCCCCUCAUUCCCAGAGUCAAGCAUUGUGAAGAUACUCGGUACUUCGACGACUGGAAGGAAAUCGACAAUAUCGAGAAGCGAUAUGAGAACAGUGACACCGAGGAAGAAUCUGACGAAAAUACACAAGCCGAACGAGAAGCUGGGCCUGCUGAGAAUCCAGUCUAUUCUCCUAAUGCUCGUCCCAUCGAGCCGCUGGUGCUAGGUGGCGAUGGCAUUUGCCCAGUCUACCCCGACGCCCCCGAACAGGGAGUCGAGAGGAAGAAGAAAAGGGAAAGAAACCGACCGCGUGACAAGAUCUUGCGAGAUAAGAAAGCCGGCAGAGUAGCCUUGGAGAUGCGCAAAAGAGGGGCCUUCUUGGGAUAUACGUACCGACGACCAAAGGGGCCGGCUAUGGCCCUCAGUCCCGAGCGAGGACGACAGCCAUUCGCCAGGGGGGCACUGACAGAUUUGUAUGUGCAGUGA